AUGUCCAGAUCCAGACCUUUGAGUGUCACGACUGUCAUCUCAACAACAGGAACCUUGUGUUUGCCUCUAUUCCAGUCGGUGCUCUCGGACACACCAUGUGAAGAAAAAGAAAUGUGUGUAAAUUAUAAAGGUCAACACCCUAAUGGUUGGUAUAUCUGGCCCCUCCUGCUGGUUUGCUCGGCCGCCCUGCUCUGCGGACUCGCGCUCUUCUGCCUGCAGUGCUGUCUGAAGCCGGCCCGGGGUGACUCCCGGAGACGCACCGUGGCCGUUUUUGCUGUUGCAGACGCGGACCCCAUUUAUGGGACAGAAGCAGCUGUGAGUCCAACUGUUGGAAUUUGCCUUCAAACCCCAAACCCUGAACUGUAUCCUGUUCCAUGUUUUGGCACAUUGAACCCCCCACCUUCCUAUGAAGAAAUUAUAAAAACAAGUCAAUUUUAG